CACCACCACCCAGCCACCCACCUCCUCCCCUCUCCAAACCCCUGUGGUCACAACUGCCGCCCAGUAGUAGCACAGACACGUUUCAAACUCACGCGGCCACCACCAUCAACCACCACAACCAGCACCAACAACAAGAGACGACAACAACAACAACAACUCAAGCGAACUUCAACAACGCACCUUCAUCCGGACUUCUUCACAUCCUGGUCUUGGCCAUCGGGCGCACAUCGUUUGUACUCGGGGAGAAACGCUCUGCGAGGUAAAGGCGCGGCCCUGCAAGUGCUUGCUCACUCUGCACUGCCACCGGCAGGGCUUCCAGUGCGAGCGAGCGAGCGACUUCUCUCGCACCCUCUGGAGGGUGCGUUUGGUCUACUCUUCCACGGUGGCCCGGACGUCUUGGCAGAGGUGGGGAAUAGCCACUGCUCGUCACAACAACCAUUUUGAGCAGAAUAAAGACGAGAAUCAAUCUCACACUUCCAAAGCGCCUUCGCGCGAGGCUUCAGAGGCAGCAGUUAAGACGCCCGCAUUGCGUCGAUGGAGUUGUCGACCAAUGCUGUGGAGCUGUAAUCCUACCCCCCCCACGUGCCCGCUGUUGAUCCCGGGAUCGCUGUGGCUGCAGGCCGUGUCAACGUCUACCAAAUUGAAUCGACGGCGAUAUCAAUCGAUCGACUUCUCAUUCGCCGCAGCGACGUUCUUCGAACGCGACAGAGGCAAAGGGAGAGAGAGAGAGGAGACGAAUUGAGAGGCGGUGGUAGCAGUUGAGUCGGGGGGGGGGGGGUGAGGGUGUGACCCUCUCUUUGACGUUCGGACAAAAAACAACAACUUCGAAAUAAAAACGUGCAUUCGCGACGAUGUCGGACGAGGAGGAGGAUGAAGAGGUUCCGGCGGUCGCGUUCGAGCGGGACGAGAGGGUGGUGUACUUGGAGCGGCGCGUCUCGCUGUGCCUCCGCGUGCGCGCGGACAGCUGGAGCAAGUUCGUCGUCGACGAGGAGAGCCAGAGGACAGUGUCCGCCUUCCUGGAGGAUCCCGCACGCCGCGUCCUCGUGUUCCAUCUCCUCCCGUCUGGAGCCAUCGCCGCGUCCAACGCGCUGCCGGCGCAGGUGAAGGGCAAGGCGCUGUGCGUUCUGCGGCGCAAGCGCGGGCCCCCCGCGGUGUCCCCCACGGGGCCCCCCGUGGGGCCCCCCACGGGGCCCCCCACGAUGCCCCCCACGGUGCCCCCCACGAUGCCCACCCCGGCCGAGUGGUGCCGUGCCAGCCUCACGUUCUGCGAGCUCUCCCCCUCCGUCCUCCAGCAGCUCGCCACGCUCAUCGAAGAGGUGGUGGUGCCCGUGCUGUCCAACGAGCAGAACCACGCGUCGUGGCCCGCCGCCGUGGCCCAGGACGUGGAGAGGCACGUGGAGGGCCUGCGGGGCCACGCGCUGGCGGCACGGGGCCAGGCCCAGGGCCGCACGCUGCUGCCGCUGCCCGGCCUGGCCCAGCGGUCGCGCUCGGCACGCAGCCCCUCCGUCCGCGAGAUGCCCCACAAACCCGAGCCGUACGACCGUCUCGUGGUGCACGCGGUCGAGUCGACGGUGGUCGAGUGGAGCCGUCAGAUCCGCGCCGUGCUCGCCAGCGACUCGGCACAAGCGCUCAGGGCCGGAGCCCACCCGGGGCCUCGCGCGGAGCUCGAGUUCUGGUCGGCUCGUGCCGAAAACCUGCAGUGCAUCGACGAGCAGCUGAACACGCCGAGGGUGAGGGCGCUCUCCCGGGUGCUGGAGAGGGCAGAGAGCAGCUACUGCCCGGCCUUCCAGCACAUCUGCCACGAGGUGGCCGCAGGCCUGGAGGAGGCACGCGACGUGUCGCUGCACCUGCGCCCGCUGGCGCGCCACCUGGACGCGCUGGAGCGGGCCGAGCUGCCGGCGGCGGCGCCGCUGCUGGCGCCGCUGCUGCGCGCGGUGACCCUCGCGUGGAGCCGCUCGGAGCGCUACGGCCGCCCCGAGCGCGUGGUGGUGCUCCUGCAGGAGAUCGCCAACCUGCUCAUCCAGCAGGCCGCGCUGCACCUCUCCGCCGACGGCCUCUUCACGGGCGAGGUGGAGGAAGGCCUGGAGCGCGUGAAGCUCGCCGCCGCCCUCCUGCUCGAGUUCCGCGACGAGUUCUCGCGCUGCCGCGACGCCCUCGCCCGCCCCCCGUCGCCGCCGGUGGCGACGGCGGGGGGGCGGCCCGCCGGUCCCGCCAGCAGACCCUGGGACUUCCCGUCGCAGCUGGCCUUCGCUCGCCUCGACCUAAGCCUGCAGCGCCUGCGGCAGAUCCAGGAUGUUUUCCAGACGGCCCUGGAGUUCUCUCGCCUGGAGCGCCUGGAGUUUGGCGGCGUCAAGGGCCGAGCCCUGAGCGAGCAGGCCUCGGGCCUGGGCCAGGAGUUCCUGGAGCGAUGGAAGGUGUUCCAGGAGAGCACCUACGACGCCCUCGACUGCGAGGAUAAGGCUUUUGUGAGAGACUACAAGGACUUCAAGCGCCGAGUGUUGGAUCUCGACCGCCGCCUUGUUUCCAUCCUCUGCCAGGCCUUCCAGGACUGCUCUGGGCUUGAGUCGGCCUUCAAGCUCGUGGCCAUCGCGACUGGCUUCCUGGAGAGGCCGGCGGUCGGUGAGAUCUUUGCUGCCAACUUCGCAACGCUGAUCGCCAUGUUCGACCAGGAGCUCGAGGCCAGCAAACAGAUCUACGAUCAGCACGUGGCGCUGCUCAAGAAAGGACGAGGCCUCGUCAACAAGAACAUGCCCGUGACUGCCGGGAGCCUGACGUGGGCCAAGCAGCUCGGCCAGAGGCUGCAGAAACACAAGAGGCAGUUUCGCUUCAUCAGCCACCCGUCGAUGGAGAGCGAGGAGGCGCGCGUCGCGUUCGACAAGUACGAGGAGAUGAUGGCCCUGCUGGCGCGCCACGAGGACGAAGCCUUCGCCCAGUGGGAGCGCGGCGUCGACGAGGUCUGCCGCUUCAGCCUGGACCGCCCGCUGCUCCUCCGUCUCCACGGCGACGGCAGCCUCAGGGUCAACUUCAGCUCCCAGCUGUCCGCCGUGCUGCGCGAGGUCAAGUACCUGCAGCACCUGGAGCUGCGCGGAGCGAUCCCCGCCGCGGCGCUCGCCAUCUUCCACAAGCGGGGCGCCAUCAACCAGUUUGUGAGCAGCCUAGAGCUGGUGGCCGAGGGCUACAACCGCGUGCAGCGCUCCCUGCUGGAGGUGGAGUUCCCGCUGGUCGCGGCGCAGCUGGUGCGCGUCGACGACAAGCUGGGCCCGGCGCUCGCCGCCGUCACCUGGCAGCAGUGCGAGAGCGAGGACAGCUGGGCGUACGUGCGUGACCUCUGCGAGCUCGUGGGCGACCUCGACUCGCGCCUGCAGCGCUCCAAGGCGAACGUGGAGCGCAUCCAGGCGCUGGCGCGCUCCUGGGCCGACACGCCGCUGCACGGCCGGCGCGACGGCCGCGGCGACCCCCCGCCGCUCCUCCUGGACGGCCGCGUGGAGCGGCUCGCCAAGCGGCACCGCACCGUCCGCGACGACGCCGAUGCCAUCCACCGCCUCGUGCAGGAGAACCGCUCGCUGCUGCUGCAGCUGGGCGAGGGGGAGGGCGAGGGGGGGGAGGGGCCGUGGCUCGCCUACCUCGAGUUCGUCGACGAGAUCCUCCUCGACGGCUUCUUCACGGCGGCGCUGCGCUCGCUGCACUACCUGCGCGAGGCAACGGACGCGUCGCUGCGCCCGGCGCCGCUGCUGCAGGUGCAGCUGGAGCUGCGGGGUGGCCGCCCCCGCUUCUCGCCCUCGCUGGAGCCCGACGACGACGGCGGUGAGGGGCUCGCCGACGUCGUCGAGCAAAUCCUGGACGACGUCUACGGCAUCUCGUCGCUGUGCCCCCGCGUGGCCACGCACCUCGGCAUGCCGCACUACCAGCAGGACAUGGAGGACAUGUUGGACCUGGCCGAGCUGCGCCAGGAGAUCUCGGCCCGCGCUGCGGCGGCGGCGGCGCGGGCUCGCGCCCAGCUGGGCGCAGCCGCCACGGCGCCCUUCGCCUUCCUCUGGAGCGACGACCGCCGCCAGUUCCUGCGCCAGUUCCUGCGCUAUGGCCACGCGCUCUCCGCCGGCGAGGUCGAGGCCCACGCCGACGACGGCGUUCCCGAGGCCCCGCCGGGCCUGCAGGCCUUCAAGGAGCAGAUCGACGUCUACGAGCAGCUUCACGCCCGCGUGGCCGCGCUGGAGGACGCGCGAGUCAUCGACUCGUGGCUGCGGGUCGACGUCCGCCCGUUCAAGACGGCCCUCCUCAACAUCGUCCGCCGCUGGAGCUGGAUGUUCAAGGAGCACCUCAUCCAUCACGUCACCGACAGCCUGGCGGAGCUGGAGGAGUUCAUCGCGGUGACGGAGGCGGGCCUGCGCAGGGAGCUCCGCGCCGACGACUACGAGGGCCUCGUGGAGACCAUGAUGCACCUGAUGGCCGUGCGCGACCGCCAGACGGCCACCGACUGCCUCUUCCAGCCGCUGCACGACACCAUCGAGCUGCUGCUGCUCUACGGGCAGCGGCUGCCCGACAGCGUGCACGUGCAGCUCGAGGAGUUGCCGGAGAAGUGGAACGGGCUGAAGAAGAUGGCCGUCACGGUGAAACACGAGGUGGCGCCGAUGCAGAGCCAGCGCGUCACCAUCAUCCGGCAGAAAUGUGUCAAGUUCGACUCGAGGCAGCAGGGAUUCCGCGAGUGGUUUCGAGCGGAGGCUCCGUUUGCCUACAACUCGGCACAGCCAUACGCCACGCUGGACAAGGUGAACCGCGAGAUCCUGGCUCUGGAGAGGGAGAUGGCCUCCCUGCAGGAGUCGGCGGCGCUCUUCGAGGUCGGCGUGCCUGACUUCAAGGCCCUGCGGCUGUGCCGGCGUGAGGCCUCGCAGCUCAAGUCCGUGUGGGACCUCGCGAGCCUCGUCAGGACGAGCAUAGAUGACUGGACCGGGACCCAGUGGCGGCAGAUCAACGUGGACCACAUGGACUCGGAGCUCCGACGCUUCGCCAAGGAGGUGCGCACCCUGGACAAGGAGGUGCGUGCAUGGGACGUCUACGCCGGUCUCGACGCGCUGGUGCGGAACACGCUGACCUCGCUGCGAGCGGUCACCGAGCUGCAGAACCCGGCGAUCCGCGACCGCCACUGGCUGCAGCUCAUGGGCGCCUUGCAGGUGACGUUGGAGAUGUGCGACGACACGACGCUGGCCGAGCUGCUCGCGCUGCAGCUGCACCGCGUGGAGGAGGAGGUGAAGAACGUCGUGGACAGAGCCGUCAAGGAGAUGUCCAUCGAGAAGGUCCUCGCCGAGAUCCGGCAAACGUGGACGGCCAUGGAAUUCUCGUACGAGCAGCACCACCGCACGGGGACACCGCUCCUCAAGUCUGACGAGGAGCUCAUCGAGACCUUGGAGGAGAACCAGGUGGCCCUGCAAGCCAUCCUGGCGAGCAAGCACGUGGAGUUCUUCCUGGAGGAGGUGUCUACGUGGCAGCGGCGGCUGACGGCGGCCGACGCGGUCGUGUCCGUUUGGCUAGAGGCGCAGCGCACCUGGGCGCACCUGGAGAGCAUCUUCAUCGGCUCGGCCGACAUUCGGGCUCAGCUGCCUGCCGACAGCAAGCGCUUCGAGGGCAUUGACGCCGACUUCAAGGAGCUGAUGACCGAGUCGGAGAGGACGAGGAACGUGAUCGCGGCCACGAACCGGGAGGGGCUGCUCGGGAAACUGGAGACGCUGCAGCAGAGGCUGGCGCUGUGCGAGAAGGCCCUGGCAGAGUACCUGGAGACGAAGCGCCUCGCCUUCCCCCGCUUCUACUUCGUCUCCGCCGCAGACCUCCUGGACAUCCUCUCCAAGGGCACGCAGCCACAGCUGGUGACGCGCCACCUGCCCAAGCUGUUCGACAGCAUGGCCGACCUGCGCCUGGAGGAGGCCGACCCGGAGCAGGGCCGCGACGGGCGCACGGCGCUCGGGAUGUUCAGCGGCGAGGGGGAGUACGUGGCCUUCGACGGCCCCUGCCACUGCAUCGGACAGGUGGAGACGUGGCUCGGCCGCCUGGAGGGCGCGAUGCGCGAGACAAUCCGGCGCGAGAUCGCGGAGGCGGUGGCGGCGCACGAGGACAAGGCGCGCGAGCAGUGGCUCUUCGACUUCCCCGCGCAGCCGGCGCUCGCCGCCUCGCAGGUCUGGUGGGCGACCGACGUGGGCAUCGCCUUCGACCGCCUGGAGGAGGGCUUCGAGACGGCACUCAAGGACUACGGCAAGAAGCAGGUGGCGCAGCUGAACGCCCUCAUCACGAUGCUACUGGGGGAUCUGAGCGCCGGCGACCGGCAGAAGAUCAUGACGAUCUGCACCAUCGACGUGCACGCCCGCGACGUCGUGGCCAAGCUCGUCGCGCAGAAGGUGACGAGUGCGCAGGCGUUCCCCUGGCUCUCCCAGCUGCGGCACCGCUGGGACGAGGCGGCGGGACACUGCUUCGCCAACAUCUGCGACGCGCAGUUCCUCUACUCGUACGAGUACCUGGGCAACACGCCGCGGCUUGUCAUCACGCCGCUCACCGACCGGUGCUACAUCACGCUGACUCAGUCCCUGCACCUGACGAUGAGCGGGGCGCCGGCGGGGCCGGCCGGCACGGGCAAAACGGAGACCACAAAGGACCUGGGCCGUGCCCUUGGCAUCAUGGUCUACGUGUUCAACUGCUCCGAGCAGAUGGACUACAAGUCCAUUGGCAACAUCUACAAGGGGCUGGCGCAGACGGGCGCGUGGGGCUGCUUCGACGAGUUCAACCGCAUCGCGGUGGAGGUGCUGUCCGUGGUGGCCGUGCAGGUGAAGACCAUCCAGGAUGCGAUCCGCAACAAGCGGAAACGGUUCCUGUUUCUGGGGGAGGAGAUCGACCUGAAGCCGUCAGUCGGAAUCUUCAUCACGAUGAACCCGGGCUACGCGGGACGCACGGAGCUUCCUGAGAACCUCAAGGCUCUCUUCAGGCCGUGCGCGAUGGUGGUGCCCGACUUUGAGCUCAUCUGUGAGAUCAUGCUGGUGGCCGAGGGGUUCCUGGACGCCCAUCUCCUGGCGCGCAAGUUCAUCGCCCUGUACACGCUGUGUCGCGAGCUGCUCUCCAAGCAGGACCACUACGACUGGGGUCUCCGCGCCAUCAAGUCCGUGUUGGUGGUGGCCGGCUCGCUCCGCAGGGGAGACAGGACCAGGCCCGAGGACCAGGUGCUGAUGCGGGCUCUGCGCGACUUCAACCUGCCCAAAAUCGUCACGGACGACCUCCCCGUCUUCAUGGGCCUCAUCGGCGACCUGUUCCCCGCACUGGACGUGCCGCGGCGGCGCAACGCCGACCUCGAGCAGAUGGUGCGGCGCUCGGUUGGCGAGCUGCACCUGCAGCCCGAGGAGAACUUCGUGCUCAAGGUGGUGCAGUUGGAGGAGCUGCUGGCGGUGAGGCACUCGGUGUUCGUGGUCGGGAACGCUGGAACUGGCAAGAGCCAGAUUCUGCGAACGCUGCACCGGACGUACGGCAACAUGAAGCUACGGCCGGUGUGGAACGACCUCAACCCCAAGGCCGUCACGACCGACGAGCUCUUUGGGUUCAUCCACCCGGCCACCCGGGAGUGGAAGGAUGGCCUCUUCUCCAGCAUCAUGAGGGAGCAAGCCAACGUGUCGCAUGACGGGCCCAAGUGGCUCGUCCUGGACGGAGACAUCGACCCCAUGUGGAUCGAGUCCCUCAACACGGUGAUGGACGACAACAAGGUGCUAACCCUGGCCAGUAACGAGCGCGUGCCGCUCAAGCCCUCGAUGCGGCUGCUGUUCGAGAUCAGCCACCUGCGCACGGCCACGCCGGCCACCGUGUCGCGCGCCGGGAUCCUCUACGUCAACCCCCAGGACCUGGGCUGGAACCCGUACGUCGCCAGCUGGCUCGACGGCCGCCGGGUGCAGUCGGAGCGCGCCAACCUCACGAUCCUGUUCGAAAAGUAUGUGCCGCCCUGCCUGGAGCAGCUCCGCUCCAAUUUCAAGCCCAUCACACCGCAGCCCGAGUGCAGCAUCAUACAGACGCUGUGCUCUCUCCUCGACUGCCUGCUCACGCCACUCAACUCCCCGGCCGACUCUCCGCGCGAGCUCUACGAGCUCUACUUCGUGUUCGCGUGCAUCUGGGCGUUUGGAGGGGCCCUCUUCCAUGACCAGCUGAUCGAUUACCGCGCCGAGUUCAGCCGCUGGUGGCUCAAGGAGAUGAAGACGGUGAAGCUGCCGUCUCAGGGCACCGUCUUCGACUACUUCAUCGACCCGGCCUCGCGGCGCUUCCUGCCGUGGAGCGAGCGCGUCGGCAGCUUCGACAUGGACCCGGAGAGGCCGCUGCAGUCGGUGGUGGUGCCCACCGCCGAGACGGCGCGCCUGCGCUACCUGCUGGGCCUGCUGGCGUCGCGCGGCAAGCCCGUGCUGCUCGUGGGCAACGCCGGCGUGGGCAAGACGGCGCUCGUGGCCGAGCACCUUGGCGCGCUGCCCGACGACUACGCGGUCACGAGCGUGCCGCUGAACUACUACACCACCUCCGCCAUGCUGCAGCGGGUGCUCGAGAGGCCUCUGGAGAAGAAGGCCGGACGCAACUACGGCCCCCCGGGCAACAAGCGCAUGGUCUACUUCCUGGACGACGUGAACAUGCCGGAGGUGGACAACUACGGCACGGUGCAGCCCCACACGCUCAUCCGCCAGCACCUGGACUACGGCCACUGGUACGACAGGCAGAAGCUGGGCCUCAAGGAGAUUCACGGCUGUCAGUACGUGGCCUGCAUGAACCCUACGGCCGGCAGCUUCACCAUCAACCCCCGCCUGCAGCGCCACUUCACGGUGCUGGCGGUGAACUUCCCCGGCGCGGAGACGCUGGAGGGCAUCUACAGCCGCAUCCUGGCGGCACACCUCCAGCAGGGCGGCUUCGUACCGGCCGUGGUGCGGGCGGGCGCCAGCCUCGUGCAGGCCGCCGUCGCUCUGCACCAGCGCGUGGCCCAGAACUUCCUGCCGACCGCCGUCAAGUUCCACUACGUCUUCAACCUGCGCGACCUCUCCAGCGUCUUCCAGGGCCUGUUGUUUGCGGGCGGCGAGGCGGUGCGCUCCCCGACGGCGCUGGCGCGCCUCUGGCUGCAUGAGUCGGCGCGCGUCUACGGGGACAAGCUGGUGGGCGAACGCGACGCAGACUCCUUUGGCCGCCUGCUGCUCGACACGGCGCGCAAGCACUUCGAGGGCGUGGAGGAUGACGCUCUUGCCCAGCAGCCGCUCCUCUUCUGCCACUUUGCGGGCGGCGUGGGCGACGCGCGCUACGCGCCGGUGCCCGGCUGGGAGAGCCUGCGGCGCACGCUCGCCGAGGCGCUGAGCGCCCACAACGAGCUGAACCCCGCCAUGAACCUGGUGCUCUUCAACGAGGCCAUGCAGCACGUGUGCCGCAUCAGCCGCAUCCUGGAGGGCCCGCGCGGGAACGCCCUGCUCGUCGGGGUGGGAGGCAGCGGCAAGCAGAGCCUGGCGCGCCUCGCCGCCUUCAUCGGCGGCCUCGACGUCUUCCAGAUCACCCUGCGCAAGGGUUACAGCGUGCAGGACCUGCGGGGCGACAUCGCCGGGCUGUACCUGAAGGCCGGCGUGAAGAACCAGGGCACGGUGUUCCUCCUCACCGACGCUCACGUCCCCGACGAGCGCUUCCUCGUGCUGCUCAACGACAUGCUCGCCUCCGGCGAGAUCCCGGACCUGCUGAGCGAGGAGGAGGUGGAGGGCGUCGUGUCGGCCGUGCGGGCCGAAGUGCGCGGGCUCGGCCUCCUGGACACGCGCGAGGCCUGCUGGAGGUUCUUCCUGGAGCGGGUGCGGCGCCAGCUCAAGGUGGUGCUGUGCUUCUCUCCCGUGGGCUCCACGCUGCGCGUGCGCGCACGACGCUUCCCGGCCCUCGUCAACUGCACGGCCAUCGACUGGUUCCACGAGUGGCCUCGGAGCGCCCUCGAGUCCGUGAGCCGGAGCUUCAUCGAGGACAUCGAAGGCAUCGCGCCAGAGGUGAAGGACUCGAUCAGCCUGUUCAUGGCGUUCGCGCACGCCAGCGUGAACGCGGUGGGCGAGCGCUACCGCCGCAACGAGAAGCGCCACAACUACACGACGCCCAAGUCCUUCCUGGAGCAGAUCAAGCUCUACCAGGGCCUGCUGGGCAGCAAGCGCCGCGAGCUAGCGCUGCGCAUGGAGCGCCUCGACAGCGGCCUGCACAAGCUGCAGAGCACCGCCGCGCAGGUGGACGAGCUGAAGGAGCGUCUGGCCUCCCAGGAGGUGGAGCUGCUGCAACGCAACGACGACGCGGAGGCGCUGAUCGCCAAGAUCGGCCUGCAGACCGCGAGGGUCGGCCAGGAGAAGGCGGUGGCCGAUGCCGAGGAGCAGAAGGUGGCGGGCAUCCAGGAGCAGGUGGCCGCGCAGCAGCGGGAGUGCGAGGAGGACCUCGUGAAGGCCGAGCCGGCUCUCGUGGCCGCCACGUCCGCCCUCAACACCCUCAACCGGCUGAACCUGACGGAGCUGAAGACGUUCCCGAACCCGCCGGUGGCCGUGACCAACGUGACGGCGGCCGUGAUGGCGCUGCUCGCCCCGGGCGGGCGGGUUCCGCGAGACCGAUCGUGGAAAUCGGCGAAGGUCUUCAUGGGCCGGGUGGAUGACUUCCUGCAGUCGUUGGUCAACUACAACAAGGAGCACAUCCCGGAGGCGUGCCUGCGGGUCGUGAAGGACGAGUACAUCAGCAAGGCCGAGUUCAACCCCGAGCUCGUCCGCACCAAGUCGUUCGCCGCGGCGGGCCUCUGCGCCUGGGUCAUCAACAUCGUCAAGUAUUACGAGGUUUACUGCGACGUGGAGCCCAAGCGGCGGGCGCUCGCUCAGGCCAACACCGACCUCGCCUCGGCCACCGACAAACUGGAGGCCAUCCGCAAGAAGCUGGCCGAGCUGGACGCGAACCUGGCGAAGCUGACGGCCGCCUUUGAGACGGCGACGGGCGAGAAGCUGCGGUGCCAGGAGGAAGUGAGCCGCACCAACCACACCAUCCACCUCGCCAACCGACUGGUGACCGGCUUGCAGUCGGAGAAGGUGCGGUGGGCUCAGUCGGUGGCCGAGUUCCGGGUGCAGGAGCGGACUCUGUGCGGCGACGUGCUGCUCACGGCCGCCUUUGUCUCCUACCUGGGCUACUUCACCAAGCGCUACCGCCAGGAGCUGCUCGACGGCAUGUGGGGGCCCUUCCUCCGUGCCCAGAAGGUACCCAUCCCGAUGAGCGAGGGGCUGGACCCCGUGAGCGUGCUGACGGACGGCGCGACGGUCGCGAGCUGGCAGAACGAGGGGCUGCCGCGCGACCGCAUGUCCACGGAGAACGCCGCGCUGCUCGCCGCGUGCCAGCGCUGGCCGCUGCUCGUCGACCCGCAGCUGCAGGCGGCGCGGUGGGUCCGCGGCCACUUCGGCGCACGCCUACGCAUCGUGCGGCUUGGGCAGAAGGGGUACCUGGACGUGAUCGAGCGAGCGAUGGCAGCGGGUGAGACGGUGCUCAUCGAGAACCUGGAGGAGACGGUGGACCCCGUGCUUGACCCGCUGCUCGGCAGGAACAGCAUCAAGAAGGGAAAGUUCAUCAAGAUCGGCGACAAGGAGUGCGAGUACCACCCGGACUUCCGGCUGGUGCUACACACCAAGCUGGCCAACCCGCACUACCGGCCCGAGCUGCAGGCUCAGACGACGCUCGUCAACUUCACGGUGACGCGCGACGGCCUCGAGGAGCAGCUGCUGGGCCGCGUCGUCAGCCGCGAGCGGCCCGACCUCGAAGGGGAGAAGUCGGAGCUGACGACUCAGCAGAACAGCUUCAAGAUCGAGCUGAAGCAGCUGGAGGACGAGCUGCUGACGCGCCUCUCGGCAGCGCACGGAAGCUUCCUGGGCGACACGCAGCUCGUGGAGAAGCUCGAGGAGACCAAGCGCACGGCCGCCGACAUCGAGGCCAAGGUGCUGGAGGCCAAGGUGAAUGAGCUGAGGAUCAACGAGGCGCGGGAGCUGUACCGGGCGGUGGCCGUGCGCUCCUCCCUGCUCUUCUUCAUCAUCAACGACCUCAACUCCAUCAACCCCAUCUACCAGUUCUCCCUCAAGGCCUUCACGGCGGUGUUCCACAAGGCGAUGGACCGGGCGGUGGCCUCGGACGACGUGCACGAGCGGGUGCUGCACCUCACGGACUGCAUCACGCACUCCGUCUUCGUCUACACCAGCCGCGGGCUGUUUGAGCGCGACAAGCUAACGUUCGCCGCACAGACCGCCUUCCAGAUCCUGCUCGUGAACAAGGAGAUUGAGGCUGGCGAGCUGGACUUCCUGCUGCGCUUCAACAUCGAGCAGAGCUACUCGAGCCCCGUGGAGUUUCUCUCAGAGCAAGCAUGGAGCGCCAUCAAGGCCAUGUCGCUCACGGACGACUUCCGCGGCCUCGACCGUGACAUCGAGGGCUCGGCCAAGCGCUGGAAGAAGUUUGUGGAGUCGGAGGCUCCCGAGAAAGAGCGGCUGCCCCAGGACUGGAAGAACAAAACGCCGCUGCAGAAGCUGAUCAUGAUCCGCGCGUUACGGCCCGACCGCAUGACCUACGCCAUCCGGAACUUCGUGGAGGAGAAGCUCGGGGCGAAGUACGUGGAGGCGCGCGCCGCGGACUUUGCCGCGUCGUACGAGGAGAGCGGCCCGGGCACGCCGCUCCUCUUCGUCCUCUCGCCCGGCGUCGACCCCCUCAAGGACGUCGAGAGCCUCGGCAAGAAACUGGGCUUCACCAUCGACUCGGGCAAGCUGCACAACAUCUCGCUGGGCCAGGGACAGGAGGCGGUGGCCGAGGAGGCCCUGGAGCGGGCGGCUCGCGAAGGCCACUGGGUCAUCCUGCAGAACGUGCACCUGGUGUCGCGGUGGCUGGGCACGCUGGAGAAGCUGCUGGAGCGUCUGGGCGACGAGGACGGGGGCAGCAGCCCCGAGCUGCGGGUGUUCAUCAGCGCCGAGCCGGCGGCCGAGCCCUCGGAGCACGUCAUCCCGCAGGGCAUCCUGGAGAGCUCCGUCAAGAUCACCAACGAGCCGCCCUCGGGCAUGAUGGCCAACCUCCACGCAGCGCUGCUCAACUUCGACCAGGACACGCUGGAGACGUGCACGCGCGAGCACGAGUUCAAGAGCCUCCUCUUCUCGCUCUGCUACUUCCACGCGUGCGUCGCCGAGCGCCGCAAAUUCGGGCCCCAGGGCUGGAACCGCAGCUACCCGUUCAACACGGGCGACCUCACCAUCUCGUGCAACGUGCUCUACAACUACCUGGAGGCCAACGCCAAGGUGCCGUGGGAGGACCUGCGCUACCUCUUCGGCGAGAUUAUGUACGGGGGCCACAUCACGGACGACUGGGACCGGCGCCUCUGCCGUGCCUACCUGCAGGAGCUGGUGCACCCCGAACAGCUGGAUGGCGAGUUUUCCCUGGCGCCCGGCUUCCUGGCCCCGCCGAACCUGGACUACCCAGGCUACCACCGCUACGUGGACGAAUGCCUGCCCCCCGAGAGCCCCGCGCUCUACGGGCUGCACCCCAACGCCGAGAUCGAGUUCCUCACCCUCACCUCCUCGGCGCUCUUCCGCACGCUGCUCGAGCUGCAGCCGCGCGACAACGCCGGCGGGGAGGGGGCGGCCGGCACGGCCGAGGAGAAGGUGAAGGGCGUCCUCGACGACAUCGUGGAGAGGCUGCCCGAGGAGUUCCACAUGGCGGAGGUGAUGGGCAAGACGGCGGAGCGCUCGCCCUUCGUGCUUGUCUGCUUCCAGGAGUGCGAGCGCAUGAACCUGCUCCUCGGGGAGGUGCGCCGCUCGCUGCACGAGCUCGACCUGGGCCUCAAGGGUGAGCUGACCAUAUCAGCCGAGAUGGAGAGGCUGCAGAAUGCUCUGUUUUACGACCUGGUUCCCGACUCAUGGACCAAGCUGGCCUACCCGUCAACCUACGGCCUGGCGCGGUGGUUCGCGGAUCUGCUGCUGCGAUGCCGUGAGCUGGACACGUGGACGCACGAUCUGGCGCUACCGGCCGUGGUGUGGCUCUCCGGCUUCUUCAACCCGCAGUCCUUCCUGACGGCGAUCAUGCAGGUAGCUGCGCGCAGGAACGAGUGGCCGCUGGACCGGAUGACCCUCGCCGUGGACGUGACCAAGAAGGGCAAGGACGACGUGGGGCACGCGCCACGCGAGGGCGCCUACGUGCACGGCCUCUUCAUGGAAGGCGCCAGGUGGGACGGGCAGGCUGGUCUCGUGGCCGAGGCCCGCCUCAAGGAGCUGACGCCUGCGAUGCCGGUGAUGUUCGUCCGGGCGGUGCCCGCCGAGCGGCAGCAGGAGGCGGCGCGCGGCCUGUACGAGUGCCCCGUGUACCGCACCAAGGCGCGGGGCCCCACCUACGUGUGGACCUUCGGCCUGCGCACCAAGCAGCGCCCCGCCAAGUGGGUGCUCGCCGGAGUCGCCCUGCUGCUCAACGUGUGAGGUGUCUCACGACGCCGGUCGGACGGACGGACAGACGGACGGCUGGUGGCGGUUGGUGGCGGCGGUGGAGGGGUCGACGGUGGGGCAGGCCGGCCCGACGCAGGCCGGAAGGCCCGUCGAGUUGCGGCAGCCGCACGGCGACCCGGCCGUUGCGUACAGACUUUACCCCUUCCGGCAAUGCUACAGGAGGUGUUAAGAUGAUCACACGCCAAAUAAGACACCUAAGUGUUUAUUUGCAUGUUUCACCGCAAGCCAGCCGCUCGGGCCGACAGCCACCCGAGCAGUUAGCCAGAUGGUCAGAUGGCCGGUGACCCAGUAAAUAGCCAGCCCAGCCCCGGCAGAGCCACUCGGCUCGACGCUCAUUCACACAGCUGCACGGCCACAGAUCCGGUCAGCGAAAUGCUCAAACGCCAAUCCAUGCAAACAUCCAUACAGACGGCUAGCCUGGAAGUCAGCUGGUCAACGCACCCUGGCCAAUCACGCAGUGCAGUAGCCAGCCAGACAGCCAGACAGCCACUCGGACAACUGCUCUGCCAGACAGCCAUCCAAGUACCCAGUUAAUCAUUCACAGACACUCACACGUCCAAUCAAUCAUUGCAGCCAGUCAUCUAGCCAGUCAUCCAGCCAGUCAUCCAGCCAGUCAUCCAGUCAGCCAUCCAGCCAGUCAUCCAUCCACCUUGUCAACUAACCAGUCAGGACAGCUAGCUGGCUAGUCAGCCAUGCAGAUAGCCAGCCAACCUCCGAAGCCACCCACCCAGUCACCAACACCCUCUGUGAUGCUGGUCGUCAGCCAGUUACUCAGGUGACCAGCGCUCAUCUAUGACCACAGCUGUGAGACCCAAUUCUAUCCAUGACACGUAUUGCGCUGUGAUGUACCACCAAGCUCUCCUGGGAGCCCAGAGCAUAAAUUACUUAGUUAAUUAGAGUUGACUAAAGUUACUCCCAAUUGAUUGCAAUUCCCUUAAUAGCCAUUACGAAUCCUACAUGGCACAUGGUGCCCUCUACUUCAUAAUUUUACGUUUGAUAUCGAAUAAUCUUCAGCCCUUGCUCGAUCCACUGCUGGAUGAAGGCACCUCCACGCCUUGUCUGUCUAGGGAGUUGGUAUGACCAUACUUCACCGCGCUG